CUCUUCCCUCCCUCAAAUUUUUUAAAACACGCUCUAAAGUAGCCCUCUCCCGCUCCGCCGCGCCGGAGCUCAUCGCCGCCAGCGGUAGAGCUCAAAGACAACCUAAACCUUACACCAAACUCUUCGUCUCACCUUGCUAAAAACGAAUACCCAAACCAAACAACAUAAUUCAUAAGCACCGGGCUGAAUCGAAGAGAGGAACUCAAGAACACUAGAUUGGAAAACAAAAAUUAAAUGAUGAUGGGUGCAAAUCAGAGUCUCAAACAAGGGGGGUUUGAAUCCCCAUGCAAAACUCUACCUCGUGGUAACUUUGUCUGAGGAAAUGGAGGGGUUUGAGGUAUUGCUUCGCCGGAUAAGAAGACCGGAGCACCACGACGAUAACAAAGAUUCUAUUUGGGUUUUAUGACCCGUGUCAUCUCCCAAAUAAUCCUGGAUGGCCCCUGCGCAACCUCUUAGCACUUAUUUCUGCAAGGUGGAAUCUCAAGUCUGUUCAGUUUUUCUGCUACAGGGAGAACCGGGGUUUGCUGAUAUGAGCUUGUCCCUUGUUGGUGAAGCAUUAUUAACAGUUCCACAAGGGUGGAAAGAUGUUGUGCCUAAUGCAGUUGGAUGGGAACUUAAUAAGGGAAGAAAAGUACCUAGGUGUAUUAGUCUUGCACAAUCCAUGGAUCCAACCAGGUUGGCUGUAUCUGCUGCAGAUUUGAAUUUAAAGCUUAUGAGGUGGCGUGCUUUGCCAUCUUUGGACUUGAGUGCUUUGUCUUCCCUCAAGUGUCUUCUCCUUGGAGCAGGCACACUUGGAUGCCAGGUUGCGCGCAUGCUUAUGGCAUGGGGUGUCCGAAAAAUUACUCUAGUUGACAAUGGCAGGGUGGCUAUGUCUAAUCCAUUGAGGCAGUCUCUUUAUACUUUGGAUAACUGUCUUAAUGGCGGAGAGUUUAAAGCUACAGCAGCAGUUGAAAGUCUCAAACGGAUAUUUCCUGCAGUGGAAGCGGAAGGCAUUGUUAUGGCUAUACCAAUGCCUGGACACCCUGUAAAUAGCCAGGAACAGGAGAAUGUACUUGAUGCUCAUGAUGCAGUUUUUUUAUUGACAGAUACGAGGGAAAGUCGUUGGCUCCCAACACUUCUCUGUGCCAAUGCUAUCAAGAUUACCAUGACUGCAGCACUAGGGUUUGAAAGUUUCUUGGUUAUGCGUCACGGAGCGGGUCCUUUCAGCAGCGCCUGAGGAUUCUCUAACCGGAUAGGGGUUUUUGAUGUCAGCCUUUUAUAAUUAGGUUUUAGAAUACUGUGAAUCGUACGUACCGAUGAAAAUUUUGGUCACGACGACUCUUUUGCUCCGGCUCCGGCGACUAUGACGGCUAGAAAACGUUGUAGCUUCGACUCAGUUGUGAAAUUGCAAAAUGAUCAUGAGGUUCGGAAGUGAAGACUGGUUGAUUUGUGAUUAGGCUCUGCGUGCGUGAAGAAUGAAUGAAGGGAGCUUUCUGAUGUAGAAUGGAGGAUUGGUGCAGAACUGUGGAAAACUGAUGUAGAAGUAGAGGUUGAAGAAGACUUGUUGCAGAUUAAUCAAGAAACUGAGAGGGUGAAGAUCGAAUGAUUGGAGAUGGAGAUUGAAGAGUGAAAAAUGCAGAAUUUUCUUCCUCCUAUGAAUGCUUCAAUUAUGGAAUUCAUCUAAAGUUCACAUUAAAUUCAGAGUCAUGGUUGGAUUGAAGUUAUAUGGAAUGGCUAUUUGUGGAUUGAAGACGACCUGUUAGUGCAAGUUCUACUGCAAGUCGUAUGUUAUAAUCAAGUACUUGGCAAGUGUUUUGUUGCAGGAUUAUAGAGUGAAGUUAGAAGGGGUUCUCAAGCUCAGUUAGGAAGAUGUUUUUUUUUUGCAGGAUUGGUUAUGGGUUCUGUUUCAAGUUGGUUAGAGGUUAGUGCAAUGUUAGAUGCAAUUGUUGUAUGACAUGAUGAUGCAAUGUCAUGUGAUGAUAAUGUAGCUGUUUGUAUUGUACGAUGCAAGUCUGGUUUUGCCUUGGACCAUGCUGCAGAAUUUUUGGUAGUUGACUAGAUGAUAUGGUUAAUUCAACUGAGUUGGCAUUCUGUUAACAGUUUGUGAGCAAUGUUACAAGUUAGAGUUAUGGUUAAAUGAAUGGAUUUGGUUUGCACUUAGUUUUAACUAUGAAUUUGGGUUUACCAUGGAAAAAUGCAGGACUCAAAUGAGGUAUUUCUACUGUCAUUGCAGGAUGCAGGGUGAGUUCUAAAUUUUGUCCAAUUGAUGUUGGUUCAGAGUUAGACGGUCUUCAAACCGGCUGCCCUUAAUGCUAUGUUAUCUUCGUUAGAGUUUGUUAAUUUAGUUAGAGAAUACUUAAUUUGUUUUGCUAAAUGUAUUUGCAGGUUAAAUGUAUUUGCAACUUGGAUGUGGUGCUAAGCGUGGGUUGCUUUGUUUCCUGCAGGUGAAGUGCAUUUCCUCAUGGUGCAACUAUUGGUGUAUUAUCUUGACUCGUUAGGAAAUGAUUGGACAACAUACCCGGAUAUGAAGGUCCUAAUUGACACCGUCCUACAAGCUUUUCGGGCCCAACGAGAUAUCCAAACCUCAAGGAUGGGCGCCAACUCCAUUACAUGGAUUAAAGUGGCGUGUCCUCAACAACGUAAUCAAAUAGAUUGCGGGUAUUUCAUGUUGAGGUUUAUGCGAGAUACUCUUGCUUUGGGCCGAUUAAAGAUUCCCACCGAUUACUUUGAUGAAUUCAAGUGUGCAUUUUAUACAAAGGAUCAAGUGGACGAAAUCAAAGAGGAGUGGUGUCAAUUCAUGAUAAAGCUCAAUGUUUGUUCAUAAAUUUGUGUAAUUAAUGUGUACAUUUGUAGUAUAU